CCGCAAAUUCUUUUUCUGAGUUUUUUUUGGACCACUUUCUCAAGUAGCGCUGCCCUCAGCUCAGAGCUCAGUGACACCACCAAUCACUUUCUCGCUGGUGAGUGCCUACCUGCUGGAGUUGAGUAAUGUAAUUCAUCACAGAGAGGAACAAAGCGGCUUUUCGGGAAGGAUUCGUCUAACCUUAUCGAGCAAGCGCGAGACGAAUACAAUGAGGCCAAUUCUUUGAAUGCUACGGAUUGUCACAGAGAGGUUAUAAACAUCUGGUCGCCUGGUAUCCGAACGCUAUGAAGACUCCCUUCGACGGAGCGAGGAUUGUCGUCCGGAGACGGGAAACAUAUGGAGGUUUCAACAGUGUCGUGUGCACAGCCAAGCGCAUUGAUAGGAGUAAACGCACCGUGCGCGUAGCGUUAAGCGUGUCUACGUCUGGCUGGAUCAGCCUUUGACUCGGCCUCUCACAAGCGAAAGGCUCUACUCAACUCCUGGAGAACGACAUAUAAUUUAAUUUUUCUCAAGUAUUGCCAAACAGGGUAUAGAAUUUCCUGAGACUAGCCGUAAUCAUAGAGGAUGUUUGAGAAUUAGAAGAAUUUUAUAGUUGACGCAUAUAUCGACUAAUAUAUGCACAUAAUCAAUCAGAAUCUUUAUAAUGUGAUCUAUUAUUAACAUGACAUAAUCGUUAGUCAAUUGUUAGUGCAAGUGUUAUGGGGUUGAAGAUAAUCAUGUUGUACAAUAAUAAAUGACACUCAUAUAUUAGUAAUACAAGAUACAAGUGAUUAGACUAGUGAAAUAGGUAGAAAAGAGAACAAUGUCAGUUCCCUCUUGCUCAACAAGUAAAGGACUGAAUAAUGAGGUUAUUGAGGAGAAAGUAGCAUAUGAAAAAUGGGAACGUUUUAGCAACUGGGUGCAUUGUAUAUGCAUCGUUACUUUUGAUCUUGAAUUGGGUCAAGCUAUAGAGGCAAUUUAUCCAAAUCAUGUUAAAUUAUCGGAGCAAGAGAGAUCCAAUGUCUGUUACUUAGCCUUUCCCGAUUCCAAUUCUGGAUGUAUGGGAGAUACUCAGUACCAUGUUAGAAUACGACAAAGUGGCAAAAUGAUACAGGAAACUAGCGCUCUUAAAGAAUACGACAGGAAAUCACCUUCUUUUUUACAAACUGAUAGAGAUUAUUAUUGGGGAUACGUAUAUUUCCGACAAGUGAAAGAUAAAUCUUUGCCAAGAGGAUAUUUUCAAAAGAGUGUUGUCAUAAUUACGAAACUGCCAUUCGUCAAUCUGUUUGGUGAAUUAUGUGCUUUAAUUGCACCAGAAUUUUUCGAGGCUGGAACAGCACUUAUGGAAGCUGUAGUGCGCGAGAUUGAUCAUUGGCCUCCUCCAAUUCCAGGCCAGAUAGUUCAUUUACCUCUUAUCGGAGUUUUAUUUCAGACAUAUAUCCCGAAUCAAAAUUAUAAAGCUGCUGUUCCAUCUAUCACUGCUGUCGAGCAUGCACCAAACGCACAUGCGAUGCGAAGGCUGAUGCUGACAUCAGCUUACGAAGGCGACAUGUUUCGAAGUUUAGCUAGCGUUGUUAGCUACGUACAUUUACUGUGGGAACUGGUGCUUCUUAGCGAACCGAUUGUUGUGAUGGCAGGCUCGCCGACUACAUGUUCCGAGAUGGUUCAAGCACUUAUAGCCAUGAUCGCGCCAUUGAAGUAUUGCACUGAUCAUCGCCCGUACUUCACUAUUCACGAUUCGGAAUUUAAGGAAUAUACCACAGAUUCUCCGGCGCCGCCCGCUGUGAUUCUGGGUGUGACAAAUCCAUUCUUCGCAAAGACUCUGCAACAUUGGCCGCAUAUUAUUCGAAUAAGCAAUGGCAAUAACAAUGAAGAUCAGAAAUAUAAAAUCAAAAGAUCUGAAAAUCUGAAGGUGCUGGACUCGAAGCCUGGUGUUUACACUCAGUACAAGCCUUUUCUGCAGAAGGAUAAAACUAUACUGAAGAAAUUGUUCAGAGGUAUUCAGACAAAACGGCCGGGCGAAGUACAGACUGCGCUCUUGAAACGUCACCUAAUAGAGCUAACGGAAAGUUUCAUGAUUCCGCUUGAAAGAUACAUCGCGACUCUCAUGCCACUGCAAAAGAACAUAUCACCUUUUAAAGCAACUCCUACACCACAAAUGUUCAAUCCGGAUGACUUCCUAGCUAGCUUAAGUAGCUCAGGACCUCAAUUAACUACAGGUAUAAAAGGAGAUUGGGUAGGACUGUACAAACGAUUCUUUCGAUCGCCAAAUUUCUCUGGAUGGUUCCACACAAGAUAUACGGAGCUCAGUCAGCAAUUGCAAGUUAAACAAUUGGAAAAAUUAUCGCAGGCAGAUUUGAAAACGUGGGUGCAAGGGAAACAAGAAGUGGAAGUGGUCGAUAUGAUUCUUAGAAUUCGCCAAAAGUUGGAGAGAAGCUGCAUUGAUGACGUACCAAUCGAUAAUUCGAUAAGAGAGAAAUUGCGAGAGAGAAUAAGUGACAUUACACAUGUAUUGCCAGAUGAUUUAAAGGUAAUUUUGAAACACGAAUCUUGACAGUACGAGUACGUUAUUAAUUAUAAAACUCGCUAGCAUUAUAUUUAUUUCUAAGAGCCGGGAUUUAAGUCAACUCAAAAAGACGUAAUAUGUAAGAUAAAUUAAAUACUUUACUCCUUUCUUAUUUAUAAACGUAAACAAAUGCAAUUGUCACGUAAUUUGGGUAUACGAUAAAUUACCUUAUUUUAAGAGAUUGCUAUUAUACGUAUUUUAAACUAUAACUCAAAAUACUCGCUACAAACGGGUUAAUGAAAUAAAUCUAUUGUACAUAUAACAAAUUAAUCGUGAAAACAUCUUACAUAUUUAAGCCUAUUGCUUAACCCUUUGAGUACGGAACAAUAUGUUCUAUGUAAGUGGAACUCAGCUGGUGUUGACAAAUAUGAAGUUUUUUUCGAGUUUAGGUAUCAAAAGAUUGCACGACAUAUAACUAAAUUUAUUAAAAUACUUGCCUUUUUGUAUAUUAUUAUUUAUUUAAAUUUGUAUUGUUAUAAAUUUAUAUUUGUAUAUAAAUUACUUCAUGAAUAAAUUAAAUAGGAAAAUGCGUUAAACGCUUACGAUAUCUAUACGCCGACGAUACUCAAAGGGCUGAGUAUAUAUUUCAAUGUUUUUAUACUCGGCAGAUGAUAGAUAUUUAUGUGAUUUUACUUAUUUUGCUGUUAUUUUGACUGAUUGUAAUACUACUUGAUUUCUUUCAUAAUGCCAACUCCAAUAGCUUCCAUCUUCUACUCGACCAAAUCAUUCCGAUUAGUGAUUUAUAUAUGCAACGAUUAUUUUUUAUCAUUAUACCAUAAGUACCGUAAAUACUCUAGUUGGAGCAAUGAGCGAUAACAAUAAUAAUCUCAUGAAAAUAAGCGUAAUUUCAGCUCAAGUGGAAUGUAUUAAAAUGUUAAGCGAUGUGUAUAUACGUUUUUGAGAUCUGUAAAUAUUGGUACAAAAAACAAUACGUAUAAUAAAAAUUUAUUUUAAUAUAUAUA